UUAUUCCGAAUCAUCUCUUGCUUUCUCUCGCCAUCUGCUCAUCAAAACCCUAGAUCACUCAAAUUCACAUCUUAAAGCAAGUGAGUUGAUGGCAGAUCCUCAAGUUCUGGAAGGGAGCCAGCCGGUUGUUGAUCUCUCCAAGCAUCCCUCGGGACUUGUUCCAACUCUCCAGAAUAUUGUAUCUACUGUCAAUUUGGACUGCAAGUUAGAUCUUAAAGCUAUAGCAUUGCAGGCUCGUAAUGCGGAAUACAAUCCGAAGCGUUUUGCUGCUGUGAUUAUGAGGAUUCGAGAACCAAAAACAACAGCAUUGAUAUUUUCAUCCGGAAAAAUGGUGUGUACAGGGUCCAAGAGUGAAGAGCAGUCCAAAUUGGCUGCUCGUAAGUAUGCUAGAGUUGUUCAGAAGCUUGGAUUCCCUGCUAAAUUCAUGGAUUUCAAGAUUCAGAACAUAGUUGGCUCCUGUGAUGUGAAAUUUCCCAUUCGACUUGAAGAGCUGGCCUAUGCUCACAGUGCCUUUUCUCGAUACGACCCAGAACUGUUCCCUGGAUUAAUCUAUCGAAUGAAACAACCCAAGGUCGUGCUGCUUAUUUUCGUUUCUGGGAAGAUUGUCCUUACUGGGGCCAAGGUUAAAGAUGAGACCUAUGCUGCCUUUGAGAAUAUAUACCCUGUUCUCACAGAAUUCCAGAAAGUUCAGCAAUGGUAUGGUGAUGAUGGCGUUGUGUGCUUCAAUUUUUAUCAUGACUGGUAUUUUUGUGUUUAUUUUGCAUUCAUCACCUUGUUGAAUGGAUUUAUGUGUGCCUUAGGAGCCCUUCCUGUUUACAUGUCUUUGAAAUUAAUGUUGGAAGCAACAUAUAUUGAAUUUAUGCUUUAUGAAUUUGUACUAAAAUUUUCUGAGCCUAAAAUGGCAAACCCUAGAUUUAGAAUGAUUAGAUCAGUGGGUCUAUCUUUAGGCAAGAUUGAACCCCAUCUCGUCCGUACUCAUUCCUGUAUAUGCGACCGCACCUUUAUCUCCAAGAUUUAGGGUUAUAAGAUCAGAGAUCAUUACCAGCUACUUGUUUUGCCUUCAUCUUUUUUUAUUUUAUACUGCUAUUUGAUUUGAUGAUUCAAUAAUCAACUUGAAUUCUGUUUGGUUUUGGUUUGAA